GCUAAACAUUUGACUUCAAGGUCACAGUAAUCGUCCCUCGGGUGUGUGGUUUACUGCGUUCAGGCAAUCGCGUGGUUUUAAAAUAGUCUGGUUCAUGAUUGUAAUGUCAAGGUUUUAGUAUUUGUACAUAUUUGCUUACAUCUGAAGAUUUGUUAAUUAGCUCAAUUUACCAGAUAUCUGAAUCGAUUAAUUUUAUAGUAGAAUGAAUAUUGGGGGAGUUCAAAUAUACUUGAUUAAGAUCUUUAGACGUGGCUUCGCUGUUAUUUCUAACAAGCCUUACAAAGUUUCUAUCUUUGAUUCAUGGAACACAUGUAAACAUGCUGACGGAGAUCAGCCGGAUUUUCGUAAUGUCCCAACAGUGUCCGCUAUACUAAGUAAAACAGCACCCUUGGAAAGUACAAUUGCACUCCGAAAAUGGCAGGAUAAAAAGAAAAUUGAACUUGGCGAAGAUGGAUUUCAGGAGUACAUGAGAGAACUUCAGCUUUUAGGAAAAAGUGUUCAUUCCAGUGUAGAAGCACGACUUAUAAAGGGCAAGUUUCCUUCUAAUCUACCUGAAAAUGUUUCCAAAUAUUGUGAAAGUCUAAAAUAUAUCUUGGAUGAUUUAAAGUCUUCUGCAGUAGAAACUAACUGCUUCCAUCCUCAGCUUUUGUAUCGCGGGAGGUUUGAUAGUAUAGUAUUUUUAAAAGAUAUAAACGAACCUAUUUUGACUGAAUGGAAAACAGUACACGAAUCCAAAAGAAUAUUGACUAUUGAGCAGUCUUAUGAUAGUCCAUUACAAGUUGCCGCGUAUAUUGGAGCUUAUAACUUUACUCGUUAUCCUGAAUCUUUGCCUGUCAAAAAAGGAAUGCUGGUGUAUUCUUAUGGUGAUGGUUAUCCAGCUGCUCGAUUUGUUUUAAACGAAACUAACUUGUUACAUUACUGGGAGUUGUGGUGUGAACGUGUUCAAGCUUAUUAUGAUCAGGAAUAUUGUAAAACUGUUCAGUAGUGUUAGUGUUAUUACAUUGUUGGUAAUAGCAAGUGUACAAUGAUGCUGGUGAUUUGAGUUCUCUAUUUGUUGUUCUAUUAUAUUUUCAAUUGUUUUCGGUGUAUUAUUCUGAUUAUAUUCGUGUUUCAUUUUGAUCGUAUCAGAUUCAUAUUGAUUAUUCAACUGAUUAUCAAUUAUUUGUGAUGAUGUCAUAUUUUCUUGCAUGAUUAUUACCUCUUUUUUAUUACCAUUCUCCAAUUGGUUUAAUUUAUUUUGUUGUUUUUCCAUAGAAUUCAUAUGUUUAUUAUUCAUAGUUAAAACAGUUGUUAUUGUAGUCUUAUCUUGUGAACUAUUAUAAUCAUUUACUGUGAUUGGACUAGGUGAACAACAAGGCGAUGAACAUGUAGUAGAAUAAUACGAAUUAAAUGUUACAUUAUGCAUAAAAAUAUUCGGUGUAGAUGGUUCACUUUUUAUAUGUGAUAUACAUUGACUAUUAUUAUUAUUAUCAUUGUUAUAAGUAAUAUGUUUAUUGUUAUUGUUAUUAUUCUGGUAAUGAUAAUUAGUAUCCAUUGAUAAUAUCAAAUUUUUUAAUAAAAUUUC